GCGCCGCCGCCUGCUGUCGCCCCCAGUGCGGCUCCGCGCGCCGCCCACCGAGCCCGCCGCGCGCCCCUGGCCCGGGUCCGAGCGUCCAUGGCGCAGUCGCCGGCAGCAGCGUCGCCGGGCGCGCCGGAGCAGGGCUGCCCCAUCCGCGUGGAGCACGACCGUCGGCGCCGCCAGUUCACCGUCCGGCUCAACGGAUGUCACGACCGGGCAGUCCUGCUCUAUGAGUAUGUGGGCAAGCGGAUCGUGGACCUACAGCACACGGAGGUCCCUGACGCCUACCGCGGGCGCGGCAUCGCCAAGCACCUGGCCAAGGCCGCUCUGGACUUUGUGGUGGAGGAGGACCUGAGAGCCCAUGUCACGUGCUGGUACAUCCAGAAGUUCGUCAAGGAGAACCCUCUACCGCAGUACCUGGAGCGCCUGCAGCCAUAGCCCUGGCUCCACAGGGCUCGAGCCCGCCUAUCGGACCCCCAGGCUUCGCCCUGGCCUCCGUGUGCUCUCAGGAAUCCUGGUCCCCACGGGGGACGAACUCAGAGUUAUUUUUGUAAGGACACUCGUCUGUGGCCCUGGGAGGCAGCUGGCCAAGGAUGGGCCAUGGUCCAGCUGCCAUGGCGAAGUGGGGCCCGGCUGUUCCCGCUCUGCAGACAGUGUGAGGGCCUGCAGUCGGGACCAGAAUGUGUGGACAGGGGCGUCCCUCUGGCCAUGCCGGGUCCCACCUGCUGCUCUGUGCUCUGUGAGGGGCAGCAGGGGGUCCGCUCCCCAGAUGAGGAGCAAUAAGGAACUGUGUGUGCCAACUUCCAGGGCCAUUGGGCCAGGUGAGGUGGCCCCCAUGCUGCCCCUGCUCUGACUCUGUGCCUGGUGCAGGAGAUGGCUACAACCACGGGAGCCCUCCCUGAUGAACAGGACCAGGAAUGGGCUGGGUGCCAGUCCAGGCUCAGCUGCUUGCGGGUGCGCACACACACACAGACACACACACACAGAGACACACACACACGGCUGGUGUCUCUCCUUUACAUACACACAUGCACGCGCGCGCACGCGGCUGGUGUCUCCUUGGCAACCCGCCAUGCAGGAUAGUGGUCCUCUCUCUCCACCCCACCCUGUGCCCGCCCUCCCCUUUCCAUCUGAGUGUCUUGGGGUCCCUGCCCCUCAUUGUGGGUAAGCUUUCUCAAAGAGGACCCUUUGGAGCUGGGGUGGGAGGGAGAAAGCUGUUCUUCCCAGACCAUUCUCACCACCCAGAGGAAGAAGCUGUUCGGAGGGAUUUCCUGUGCAAAUGCCACACGUCAGAGCAUCCUUCCCUUCCUGCAAGCCUGUGGCCCAUCAGGAGUCUGAGGCCCCUCCCAAGCUGCCUUCCUGGGAACAGCUUGGGGAGCAGCCCAGCACCUUUGUUUUGUGGGGCCUGCCUUUCUGGGGACUUCCUUUUGGGAACUGGUUGAGGCCCAGAGUACAGCCUCCUGUGUCCUGCUUCCCACAAGGGCCGAAUUCACGCCUGCUCCCUGUGGGGCCAGAGGGCAGCUCAGGAGUCCCGUCCCUCUGGGGCUGAGAUGUGAGUUAACAGUGAACCCCUGGGAUGACAUGGCCACUGGCUAGGGUGGACUGCUUGCCCCGGUGACCCCUCCGUCUGACCUUGGCAGUCCUCUCCAGGGUGCUCCCACUUAUGUAUGACAUCUCACCCAGCAGUGGGGAUAUCUCCAUCUACAUGUGUCCAAAGGCCUGGUAGCCCUGAGUCACUGUCCUCGGCCCCCACACCCCUCCCAGCACCCAGCCCCCCUCUGGCCUCCAGGAAUUCUUUAGAGGUUGCAGGGCACCCUCCCCUUCCCUCUGUGCCCCUGGCUGUGUUUGCAAAGAGCUUUGGGGGAAGAUCCUCUGAGGCCACGCAUGUGCCCUCCUUGUGCAGUGUAAGAGCAGCGUAGGUAGUAGGCCUGAGGGUGGACUGUCGGGCAGCCCAGGCUCUGGGCCAUUUCCCUCUCCAGCAUCACCCCCUCCCAUCCACACUCCCCAUGUUCAAGCACAGACUUUGUCAUGAAAACUCUCCAGUAGCUCAGAGAGCUGGUGCUGAUGCCUUUGCGGCCUUCCGGGUGAGGUGACCUGAUUACAGGAGGCGCUGUCCGUGGGAGGGUGUCCUGCAACAGUGGCACAGGGGAUCCCAGGGCAAGUUGCAUGUGGAGGGACUGGAGGGCUGGGUGGCACGAGAGGGCCCGCCAUGCCCCAGCCUGCACCUGUGUCCUCCCAGCGGGUGACUCUGGCUGCCCGGCUGGCACACACAGCACUUAGUACUUGAACCAGGGAUGUACAGGGUCCCCAGGGCCCCUGCAGCACUGGGCCAGGGACAGCUUGUCCCCAGUUUCUGCAGGUGCGACCUGGGCCCCCUUGCUUCGGGCUGCCUUACAAAAUGCCGCUGCUCUCACUACGGCCCUUGACAGCAGCAACGGCCAACUCCCCCAACUGGGUGGGUGUGCCGCAGUCCCUCCACCAGAACCCCAGUCCCCUCCACCAGCACUCCCAAUCCUGACAUUGCCGGUGCUAGCCCGACUGACGUCUCAGCCUCGCCCUCCCACCCCACCCAUCCCAGGAAACUUGGGGAACCCUCACUCAGGAGGCAGGUCACGUGGGCCAGUUUGUGUGCCGCCAGCAGGGAACGGGAAAGCUCAGAGACCCACGAGGCCCCCAGCAGAUGGCCCCAUGGUCGCGUGCUCUCCUGCCAGGGCCAUUCGGUAGGUCUCUCACCCAGUUGAGACAGGCGGCCACCCAUGUGCCUUUCCCACUCAGGACCUGCUGUAGGUGGCGUCUGGGCCAGGGCUGGUCUCCAGACGGAGUGCAUGACAUUUCAAUAAAAGGUGUGACCCAGUGUGGCUCUAGGACUGCUUCUGGAAGGGCAGGGGUGCUCCCCUCCCUCGCCUCCGCUCCACCCCCAGGGCAGCCAGGCUCCCCAGGGUGGGAAGCCCUCAGGAGUGAGGGAAGAGCCAGAGGGCAGGCCUGGAAGGUGCUCUGGAUUCCUGCAUCCUCACCAGCAGGGAAGUGAGGCCCUGAGGGGUGCAGGUGGCAUCAGGAUCUGGGGGUCUGCUGGCUGGGCCUGCACCUCCUCCCAGGUAUGGGCCCCUCUGAGGUCACAGUCAUGCCUCCAGCACCAGGCUCCCCUUGCUGGGAGCAGCUGGACAGGGAGACCAGGAGGAGAAUGUCCGUCAUGUCAUCUGCUCCAUCUGCCCCUCUUCCUCCAGGAACCCUCUCAGGGCUUCUGCCCAGGGCGGGAGGCAGAGCACUCAGGCAGGCCAGGGCCAGCAGCACUUAGGACACAUGGGAUGGAGAGCCUCCUGCAUGGAGUCUGGAGCCUGAGGACUCCAGGGUGGAGCAUGUUCCUCUAGGUCCCCAAGGGGGCCUCUGUGGUCAUGACCAGCUUGGCUUCCAUAGCAGCUGGGGGUGGGGGGUCAGGAGGCUACAGAAAGGUGAGGAGAAUAGGACCCAUACCCAGUUCCUGCCCCCCCCCCCCAUGUCUGUGUCCUGUGGUGGGGCCCUUGUGGGCCGAUACCCAGGGAUACACCCAGCAACUGCCCUACAGCAGCCUGGGGUCUAGAAGUAAAACCCAUGUUACUCUCCACCCCAAACCUGAAUGAAACGGUAGGGCAGGGACAGGACAAGCUCAGUGAAGUCCCAGUGGGAGAAGGAAGGGCAGGAGCCAGCAGCCAGGUGGCUCUGGGGUGGAUGUUGGGUGCUACAGGCCCUGCUUGACUGACCCUCCCCCUCUGGUGCCCCUGCAGCCACCUCUCAGGAGUCUGCUUACUUUCCUGCCCAUGUACGUGUCAGCAGGCUUUCCUCCAAGCAGUAGCUCAGGGGCCCGAGGCCCCUCUAGCCUACAGAACUGCCAUCCCCAGAGCUGACUGUGUCUUAUCUGUGGCGCAGGUGGGAUGGGACCUGCUGUGGAGGAGGCUGGGGACAGGUUCCAGGCAUACAAACAAGGAGCCUGCGUUCUGAGGCCUGGAUGGGAAGAAGACAGCACAACCCCGCUGGGAUCUGGACUUGGGGAGGGCUCUUUGCUCACAGCAUGAGGCAGGGUGCCCUCAAGACAGCCUGGCUGGCAAGGUGAACCUGGGUGGUUCAACACCCAGAGUUACAUGGCAGGAGAGACCAGCACACACAGUUCUCGGUCUCUGGGUAAAAGAAAGCAAUUUUGUUUUGUUAACUGAAUUAUACACACACAGACACACACACAUAUAUAUGUAUAGUUACUAUACAAUUAAAUAAAUUUCAGGUGUUCAAGAUAGUGAUUCAGUUGGCCUGUCCAACACUUCCACAAACAAUGCCCUGUAUUAAAUCCAUUCUGUUUGAGAUACCUAGGGUGGAUUUUUUUCCCUAAUUAGACAAUGACUACUCCAUUUUCAGUUGAGAAAGAUGAUAUUCAGAGAGGAAAUGACUAACCAAAGGCAAACCCAGUAUCUCUCCUGUCACCCUGGUCUCAGUACUGGGUCACAAUACUCUGUCCCCAGCUCUUCCUGCACACUCCUGCAGGCCCCAUGCAGAUGCCAUCUCUUGAAAAAGACCCCUAGCCACCUGUAACCUCCAAGUCAUCUAUUAAAUCAUUCUGCUUAAUUUAUUAUCACUCUGGAAAUAGUUACUUCGUUGUUAAUCCCAUUGGACUGGAAACAGACCAACUGCAGGGCAUGAGGAAUCUUAGUUCCCUGACCAGGGAUCAAAACCCUGCAUUAGAAUUGCGGAGUAUUAACCACUGGACCACCAGGCAAGUCCCAAACCAGGAAGUAAUUGUCUUACUAAAUGCUGUGACUCUGGUGCCUAAGAAUACCUGGCACUGAGUGUGCACAAGACAAUUACUUAUAAGAAUGAAUGGCUCACUGGUAAAGAAUCUGACACCAACGCAGGAGACACAGGUUUGAUCCUUGAUCCAGGAAGAUCCCACAUGCCGUGGAGCAGCAAAGUCCAUGUGACACUAGAGCCCAAGAACCACAACUACUGAAGCCCAUGUGCCCUAUAGCCUAUGCUCUGCAACAAGAGAAGCCAUCGCAAUGAGAAGCCUGCACUGCAACUAGAGAGUAGCUGCUACUCACCACAACUAGAAAAAGUCCUCACAGCAAUGAAGACCCAGCACAUCCAAAAAUAAACAAAAUUAUAUAUGUGUA